AUGUUUCUUAAACGUAUAUUGGUGCCUCUGUUCUGCCUUGGAUUAAAAGUUCCUUGGGCCCAGAGCGAAGAAGUGGAGAUUCGGCAAGUUGCUGCAGACAAGGGAACGAAUGUUACGAUUCCUUGUGGCGGUUUGCUGCAAUUGCAAAAUUCUAACGUUCAAUGGGUCUAUAGAGGCAAUCGUACUCAUCACCAAAUUCUGACGGACGGCGGCUUGCUUCUCAAACAAGUGGGUGUAGACGACGAGGGUCUGUACGAGUGCAGCGUGGAAAACGAAACAGCCUACAUUGAUAGAGUCAAUCUUACAGUAAGAACGGAACCUCCUCCAUUAGUGAACGUGACAGUCCACGCGUCGACCAUCCUCGCAAUAAUACUAUGGAACGUGGCAGGUGAUGGUGGACAUCCUAUAAUGGACUUCACAGCGCAGUACCGGUCUGCGGCGCCCGUGAACGGUAGCCUGGAGGCCUGGAGGCCAAUCAGCCCUAACCAUAUUAGUCCUAAUUCGAGACAAAUCGACGUGUACCAUUUGGAGCCGAAUGCCUCAUACUGGUUCAGAGUGUGGGCCAACAACGUCCUCGGCCCUGGACCGCCCGUGGAAGUCCUCGCCACUACUCUGUACAGUGAUCAGGAAGCAGAGUUAUACAAACACUUCCUAGAGGGAGCGGAGUCCUUCGACACUCGCACUUGGGUGGCCGCGGUGUGCGUAGUGAUGGGCACUCUCGCGGUCCUCGCGGCGGGCACCUGCGCGGUCCUUUGCCGGGAAUGGAGGAGAUCAGACUAUUCAGAGGAGCAGGACGUAAUAGAGUUAGUUCCUAACAUCAUCUUAAAUCCGGGAUUCAUGGAGUCAGAUCCCGUGCGACCGCGGGAGACGUACGCAGCAUCCAUCAUCAAGUCGACGGAGUGUCCGGGUCCCGGGAAACCUAGGCGUGUC